AUGGAGGUUUGUUAUGAGCUAUAUAACACGGAUACUUCACUUUGUUGCCGUAUCGCGUAUCGGAUACGUAUCCGAUACCGAUACGCGACGGAUACGCGACGGAUACGUAUCCUGGGCGUAUCCGCGGGAUGGGCCGUAUUGGGCCGGGAAACCUCAGAUUCGAUACGUAUCUCGGUGGAUACGGCCCAGUUUAAAGCCCAUCUAAAGGAGCCGGCCCGAUAGAAUUAACGGGCUGGACCAAAAAGCCCAUUUGUGAUGUAGCCCAUUGCAGCUGGAUGAACAAAUCUAGCUCUAUAAAUAAUGAUGCUCUAUACAAUAUAAGAUUCCACACAAUUGAGAAAGCCGCAGCUAGGUCAAAAACUCCCCGCCUCCAUAGAUUCGCAGUAUGGCAUCUCCAAAUCUGAGUGCUACUGCUGCUAGUUCUAGUGCUAGUUCUGCUGCUAGUUCUAGUGUUGGAUCUGGGUCCAGACAAAUAACUGAUAUCAGGGCUCCAUUGUGGGAUCAUGUCACCAUUCUAGAGAAGCCUAAACCUGGUGGAGGAAAUACCAAGUUGCAUUUGCUUGCAGCCGCAAUUUGCUUGCAGCCGCAAUUUGCCAAGUUACACAAUACCUGGGUAUAACAGGGCAAGGGAAUCACUGCUCAAGCAAGAAAGAAGGCACAUAGAGACUCUAUUGGAGAGUACAAAGAGCACAUGGCCAGAGAAAGGGGUCACAAUCUGCUCUGAUGGUUGGUCAGAUCCUCAGAGGAGGCCAAUCAUCAACUUCACCGCUGUUUCUGAGAAAGCACCAAUGUUUUUGAGGGCUGACAAUUGUGAAGGAGAAUACAAGUCAAAAGAAUAUAUUGCUGAGAAAUUUUACAGCAACAUGUGGCUUCAAGAAGGUGCUGGCCGACGACCCCCCCACAAGGACAAGGAAAUAUCACAAAUGAGGAUGACUUGCUUCAAGAAAUUCUUUCGCAUACCGCAAGAGUUGGCUGCAGUGAAGGAAGAAUAUGCAAGGUUUUCUAGUUGUUCAGAAGAAUUCAAUGACCCUGAUUCUAUACAUGAUAGAUGGGCUGUUUCCCCAAUGACAUGGUGGACAAAUCAUGGACAAUCUAUCCCUCUUUUGAUGAGUUUGGCCAUGAAACUGCUCAGCCAACCGGCCUCUUCUUCUUGCUGUGAAAGAAAUUGGAGCACAUAUAGCUUCAUCCAUAGUGUCAAGAGAAAUGCCUUAACUCCUGAGCGGGCUGAAGAUUUGGUCUUUGUGCACUCAAAUCUGAGACAUUUGUCAAGAAGAACUGAUGCAUACAAGAAAGGAGAGACAAGGAUGUGGGAUGUUGGGGGAGAUUCUUUUGAUUCCCUUAGUGGUGUUGGUCUUCUUGAAGUUGCUGACCUCUCCAUUGAUGAACCUGAGUUGCAGGCUGUAUCAUUUGGAUUGGGUGAUGCCGAGGAUGAAGGUGUGGAGCUGGAGGAGACGGGGAAUGAGGAAGAAGCUUGAUGUUGAUGGCUUGAUGCUAGUUUGCUACUACCUUUUAAUUAUUUCCUAAUUUAGAACCUGCUGCUAUCAUGUUAUUUUGAGUGUAAUAGACCUUUAAUGUCUCUAUGUUGAAUUAGAAUAUCUAUUUUGUAAUUUAUUUUGCACUAUUAUUAUUUAUUAAAAAAAAUAGUUAAAACGUA